GUAUAGGGUUAAAAAGUAUAACAAGGAGAACCUAAAAUGCAAAAUAUUGGUUUAAAACAAAAUGAUGGAAAAGACGUCUCUCCUUUGUCUAAGCGGAAGCGGAGGAGGAAGAAAUCCAAAUCUCUUUAUGAACAAUAUUUUGAGGACUCUGCCAUGAAACGAGUUUUGGCUAGCUGUUCUGAGUCAGACGACGCUAAUUCUGAAAUGGAUUUGGAUUUUACGGUGGGAAUGGACAUAAAUAUUCUUAUACAGCAAACAAUUCAAAACACUAUUCAAAGUGUUUGUCUCGAAGAUUAUGAUGGUUUCUCGUCUUUUGGUGAUCAUGAGCUUAUUUGUUUUGCUGCCGCAAUAAAAAAUAAUACUUCAAUUGUAUCACUUCAGAUACGUUACCUGGAUGUAAGCGACAUUUCGCUUGUAUCUUUAUGUAAUGCAUUGCUAAAGCACCCUAGUCUUCGGGCGCUUGACUUGUCCGGAACUCGGGGUGGCGAAGCAACUAGUGCAGCACUCUGUAAUCUUGUGUGUACAAAUUCCUCGAUCAUAUUUGUUCGUGUUGAUGACACAAUCGUCAACAGUAAAGAUAGUGAGAUAAUUCAAAUGGCAACUCAAUAUAAUGCGAUGAUUUGUGCUGAUCCUAAUAGUAAUCCAUUUCAGUUGGGCCUUUUACAUAAAAUAAGUUCUAUUGAAGAAAAAGAGCAGAAAUACAAUCAACAGUUGAAUGCAAAACCGUGGCUCUUGCCCGAAGAAGAUCUCCCUAAAAAUAUUAGCGAUAAAUCUAGUUCAAAUACAAAAAAAAAUUGA